AGUCACUCUCUUGUUAGCAACAGAGCUACAUAGCUCAACGUCUGUGUUUUGGAUAAAUCGACUUGAAUACUGUUUAUUUUGAUAUUCGUGGUCUCAGAAUUGGUCAGCGAUGAAUUUAGAGUUGCUCGAGUCGUUCGGGCAGAACUAUCCAGAGGAGGCCGAUGGCACUCUGGACUGUAUCAGUAUGGCUCUCACAUGCACCUUUAACCGCUGGGGCACGCUUCUGGCAGUGGGCUGCAACGACGGACGCAUCGUCAUCUGGGAUUUCCUGACACGGGGCAUCGCCAAGAUCAUCAGCGCUCACAUUCAUCCAGUCUGCUCACUGUGUUGGAGUCGAGACGGUCACAAGCUGGUGAGUGCGUCUACAGAUAACAUAGUGUCGCUAUGGGACGUCCUGACGGGAGACUGUGACCAGAGGUUCCGCUUCCCCUCGCCCAUCCUCAAACUGCAGUACCACCCCAGAGACCUUGACAAAGUCCUGGUGUGUCCUAUGAAGUCAGCUCCGGUGCUGCUUACCCUGUCCGACUCUAAACACGUGGUUCUGCCCGUGGAUGACGACUCUGACCUGAAUGUGGUGGCGGCCUUCGACCGGCGGGGGGAGUACAUCUACACCGGCAACGCCAAAGGAAAGAUUCUGGUGCUGAACACGGACACACAGGAUCUGGUGGCAUCGUUUCGGGUGACAACAGGGACCAGUAACACCACAGCCAUCAAGUCCAUAGAGUUUGCGCGCAAGGGCAGUUGUUUCCUCAUCAACACAGCAGACAGAAUCAUCAGGGUGUAUGACGGGAGGGAGAUUCUCACCUGUGGGAGAGACGGGGAGCCAGAGCCCAUGCAGAAACUACAGGACCUGGUCAACAGGACUCCCUGGAAGCGGUGUUGUUUCUCUGGGGAUGGGGAGUACAUUGUGGCUGGUUCAGCCCGGCAGCAUGCUCUGUACAUCUGGGAGAAGAGCAUUGGCAACUUGGUAAAGAUCCUCCAUGGAACCAGAGGAGAACUACUGCUGGACGUGGCUUGGCACCCUGUGCGACCAAUCAUCGCCUCCAUAUCCAGCGGAGUGGUGUCCAUCUGGGCUCAGAACCAAGUGGAAAACUGGAGUGCGUUCGCCCCAGACUUCAAGGAGCUGGAUGAGAACGUGGAGUACGAGGAGAGAGAGUCUGAGUUUGACAUAGAGGAUGAGGAUAAGAGUGAACCUGAACAGACAGGUGCUGACGCUGCGGAGGAUGAGGAGGUGGAUGUGACCUCUGUUGACCCCAUCGUAGCAUUCUGCAGCAGUGAUGAGGAGCUGGAGGACUUCAAGGCCCUGCUCUACCUGCCCAUCGCUCCAGAGGUAGAAGACCCUGAGGAGAAUCCAUUUGGUCCCCCUCCGGAUGCAGCCGGUCAGACCACCCCUGUAGAAGAUGGUUCAGCCCACACAGGGAGCGGGGACAAGAAGCGCCAGCCGUCCUCAGAGGGAGUUCCGCCCAAAAAGAAGGCUCGUACCACCACCAUCGAACUACAGGGGGUGCCUAGUGAUGAGGUGCACCCCUUACUGGGGGUAAAGGGAGACAGCAAGUCCAAGAAGAAGACGGCAGGGCGGCCAAAAGGAUCCAAAGGGAGCCUGGUUUCACAGUCCUACAAGCAGCAUGAUAUCGGGGGACUGGACUGAGCCAGCACCAUAAUCAUCAUCGCCCCCUGUGGUUCUGGAAGGGGAAGGACAGGCACCUAAAUUCGGCCUGUUUUUACACUCUCCUAAAAUCAAGACUCUGUGAUAUCACUCAAGACUGUCAUUAUGGUAUCACCCCCCCACCACAACCCCAAAAGACUCAUUAUGACAUCACAGCCUUCUAUUGCUCAGGCUGUGACUUUCCCUACCGGCUGUCUCUCUCUGUCCUCUCUGUGCUGGCUGCUAUGGUUACCUGGAUUAUCUCCCUCCUGUCAAAGACUGAUGUAUGUGACCUGAUGAUGUCACAAGUUUUAGAUGAGAGUUCUGACAAGGAACUCCUGCAACAUAGCAGAUUCACACUUUCUCAUUUUCACGUUUUUUUGGGGGAUGAGUAACAGAAACAAACCAAGAGAAGAGGCAAGCAACAGUCUGCAAUAGUAUAGGGUCACCUCUUCUCCCCUCUGUCUUUUUUUCUGUAGAAUGACUGAUGUACAGGAGUUAUUACAUGGAAUGUGUCCCAACUGGUCUGCUUCUAACUCUGUUUCUGGACAUGUCUUUUUGUGUUUCUUUUUAUACAUGUUAUUAAACCAUUUAGAUUGUUUUUGA